GGUUAAGGAUCAGGCUCAGCAGCUGUGCUGGGCUGGGCUGUGCUGGGCUGGGCUGUGUGUGCUGCUGCUUCUCUUCCCAAGACUAAGUUGUGAGAGCAACCUCCCUUUGGCUGCUGAAACUUUCCCCCCUGUGGCUGAGAGGUGUCACAGUUUGCUCACUCUCAACCCUUCUCCUCCAGCCCCUCCUCCUGUGUUUUUGGAGGGGGUGUCCCGAGCCACCUCCAGCCUCCAGUGAGGGUGAUUGCUGUAACUUUUGAGCUCCUCUCAUUGUAACGUUAUGAACUUCCUCGGGAAGUCCAGGAGUCAGACAGCUGCUUUUCUGCCUCUUUACUUACUUCUUCUGAAGAUUCUGCAGCCGGGGCAUAGUCACCUUUAUAGCAACCGCUAUGCUGGUGAUAUGGUGAUACAACUUAUUCCCAACACAGAAGAAAAAGUGGAUGCAGUAAAGAAUAUAUACCAUCAACUUAAGGUGGACCUGUGGCAGCCCAGCAGCAUCUCCUGUGUGUCAGCGGGAACAGUUACUGACGUCCAUAUUCCUCAUAAUGUUUCCUGGAACCUUUUGGCCUUCUUACAGAAAGCCAACAUCCAGUACAAGAUUCUCAUAGAGGAUCUUCAGAAAAUACUGGAAGAGGGAAGCAGUUUACAACCCCGGAGAAAUCGAAGAUCCCUUUCUGGAUAUAAUUAUGAGAUUUAUCACUCCUUAGAAGAAAUUCAAAGUUGGAUGCGCCAUAUGAAUAAAACUCAUUCAAGCCUCAUCCAGAUGUUCUCUAUUGGAAAAUCAUAUGAGGGAAGAUCUCUUUUUGUUUUAAAGCUGGGCAGAAGAUCACAAGCUUACAAAAGAGCUGUGUGGAUCGACUGUGGUAUUCAUGCAAGGGAAUGGAUUGGUCCUGCCUUUUGUCAAUGGUUUGUAAAAGAAGCUCUUCUAACACAUAGGAGUGAUCCCACCAUGAGGAAAAUGUUGAAUCAUCUAUAUUUCUAUAUCAUGCCUGUGUUUAAUGUUGAUGGAUAUCAUUUCAGCUGGACCCAUGAUCGAUUUUGGAGAAAAACAAGAUCAAGGAACUCAAGGUUUCGCUGCCGAGGAGUUGAUGCCAAUCGAAACUGGAAAGUGAAAUGGUGCGAUGAAGGUGCUUCUAUGCAUCCCUGUGAUGACACAUACUGUGGACCUUUCCCAGAAUCUGAGCCAGAAGUGAAAGCUGUAGCUAACUUCCUCCGAAAACACAGGAAGUACAUUAGGGCUUAUCUCUCCUUUCAUGCUUACGCUCAGAUGUUGCUAUAUCCCUAUUCUUACAAAUAUGCAACAAUCCCCAAUUUUAGUUGUGUGGAAUCUGCAGCUUAUAAAGCUGUGAAUGCACUCCGGUCGGUCUAUGGGGUACAGUACAGAUAUGGACCUGCCUCCAGCACCUUAUAUGUGAGUUCUGGUAGCUCAAUGGAUUGGGCCUACAAGAAUGGAAUACCUUAUACAUUUGCCUUUGAAUUACGUGACACUGGGCAUUUUGGAUUUUUACUCCCAGAGAUGCUCAUCAAACCCACCUGUACAGAGACCAUGCUAGCAGUGAAGAACAUCACAAUGCACUUGCUGAAGAAGUGUCCUUGAAAAAACUCAAUGAUAAGACAUCAGGAGAGCUGAUUCUAAGCACGGACACUUAGGUGAAUAUUAUUUUUAAAGAAGGAGGAAUUGUUUAAAAUCCACUAUGUAUAGAA